CCUUAAACGUUUUCUCUUUCCUCCUCUUUGGGUUACAUGUAAUGUACAUUCACACUCUGGAGUUUGGAGCAGGCGGGAAACAUAAAAGAGGCUUCUUGGUUCUUAAGCUAUAAUCAGAAACAAAAGAAAGAAAAAAGAGGCUUUGGCUAAUCCUAAACCCUUACACUGCUGCUGUUCCUUCCUUCUUCUUUCAAAGCCUAAAAUGGGCAUCAAGGGUUUAACGAAGCUUCUAGCGGACAAUGCACCCAAGGCCAUGAAGGAACAGAAAUUCGAGAGCUUUUUCGGCCGCAAGAUCGCCAUCGACGCCAGCAUGAGCAUUUACCAGUUUCUCAUUGUGGUGGGUCGUAGUGGGACUGAAAUGCUCACCAAUGAAGCGGGUGAGGUCACCAGUCAUCUGCAGGGCAUGUUUACUCGUACAAUUCGGCUUCUCGAAGCUGGGAUCAAACCUGUCUAUGUUUUUGACGGUCAGCCUCCUGAUUUGAAGAAACAAGAGCUUGCAAAACGUUACUCAAAGAGGGCAGAUGCUACUGAGGAUUUGCAACAAGCCAUGGAGGCUGGCAAUAAGGAGGACAUUGAAAAAUUCAGCAAGCGGACAGUAAAGGUGACAAAGCAGCACAAUGAAGACUGUAAACGGCUUUUAAGACUUAUGGGGGUACCUGUGAUCGAGGCUUCUUCUGAAGCAGAGGCGCAAUGUGCUGCACUUUGCAAAUCAGGAAAGUUUCAGGUUUAUGCUGUGGCUUCUGAGGAUAUGGAUUCUUUAACCUUUGGAGCUCCUAGAUUUCUUCGCCAUUUAAUGGACCCUAGCUCAAGAAAAGUUCCGGUCAUGGAGUUUGAAGUUGCAAAGGUUUUGGAGGAGCUGAAUCUUACCAUGGAUCAAUUCAUUGACUUGUGCAUUCUUUCUGGCUGUGAUUAUUGUGACAGCAUUCGAGGUAUUGGGGGACAGACAGCUUUGAAGUUAAUUCGUCAACAUGGGUCUAUAGAGCAUAUUCUUCAGAACAUAAACAAAGAGAGGUACUCAAUACCUGAUGAUUGGCCAUAUCAAGAGGCUCGACAGCUUUUUCAAGAACCAUUAGUCUGCACUGAUGAUGAGCAACUUGAGAUGAAGUGGAAUGCUCCAGAUGACGAAGGGUUGAUAACCUUUCUGGUGAAUGAAAAUGGGUUCAACGGUGACAGAGUGACAAAGGCAAUAGAAAAAAUUAAAGCAGCCAAGAACAAGUCAUCGCAGGGCCGAUUAGAGUCAUUUUUUAAGCCAGUUGGUAACACAUCUAUACCAAUUAAACGGAAGGAAACACCACAGAACAUUCCUAAAGAAACUACUAACAAAAAGUUGAAGGCUGGUGGGGGUAAGAAAAAGAAGUAAUUGAGUGGUGGAUGAGCAACUGCAUUGAUCAGGAAUGCAAAGACCAUAAUGGACAUCUUUAUUGUGAAGAAGCAAAAAAAAAAAAAAAAUUCAUCCUUUGUUGUAGAGUUCCAUGUUACUGUUAUAUUUGCUGGUAGUGCACGGGGUGGUUCCAAUACAUUUGAGUGAUAUGAUUGAAGUAGAGGUGGAUAAAAUGUUACAGGGGUUGAGAUAACGAAAGGGUAGUUGGUAUCUUUAGAUGUUUUGAGGACAUAGUCCUUAAUUGAGCAGAUUGGAGAAAUGAUUGCCAAAACAAUCUUCAUUUACAAUUAAAGCUUUAGCUGAUUUGAGUUGUGCAGUAGCGUAUGAGGAUCUUCAUAACAUCUUACAGUAUCUGAUCAGAACUAACCCAAUCUAAUGGCUGUUAGGCAUAUUGUUUUUGGAUUAUUGAGAUUUGAAGUUUUAAGAGCUAUCUGGUGGGUCAUCUCUCUCUUGAAUGUGGGAAAGUUGAGAGAAUGAACAGAUUUUAAAUCCAACCAUUUAGAUAUAGUACUUGAAAAGGUGGGCUGAAAGUUGAAAUUCAAGUUUUACACCAUCGUUAUCAUCAUAUUGUUAAUUUAGUAUUCUCACAACUGUAU